UUUCGUAGCGCUAACACCUGUGUUGUGACAUUUCAAAAUGGCCGCCGAAACUUACGGACAUCGUCUCUUGUACACGGAAAAGGACAUUUUCCCCACUGACGUCAUGUUGGAGUACUCAACUGAAGAAUGUUAUCUGUCAUGGCCGAGGUCGCCUGACUCUGGCAGAUCCAGUUUGGAGCCUACUCCGUCUAUGGAUGGAAGCCACCAAGAAUCGCCGACCCAUAUUGCUUAUAGAGGAUUACCGAAUGAUUUAGUUCUAGAAGACAGUUCAGAAGACGUGGAAUUAGAGGGCUCUGGUAAGAGGAGAGGCAGAUCCACCAGUGCAGCAGUAUUAAAAAGGAGACGCUUAGCAGCAAACGCCAGAGAAAGAAGAAGGAUGCAGAAUUUAAAUAAAGCUUUCGACAGACUCCGUGGACACUUACCUUCGCUUGGAGCUGACCGCCAACUGUCCAAAUACGAAACUCUUCAAAUGGCUCAAACGUACAUAGCAGCUUUAUACGAACUUUUACAAUAAUCCGGUACGUUUAGUGUUCAAUAAUAUAAUUGUCCUGCUAUAAUUUAGUAGGAUAUGUAAAAUGUGACGAUUAUUUAUUAAAUUCUCUCAAGUUUAGUGUUAUUGCGAGAUUCGAUGUUGAAACUAAAAGAAAUAUUGCCAAAUUUUUAUCUGUUAGUAUUUAGUUACAGGGAUAUUUAUUAUCUAUAGUAGGUAUUAACUAAUUAAGUACCAUAAUACUCGUUACCAUUUUGGGGUUAAUCUUAUUAAAUCCGUUUUGCCUUGUUUAUAUGAAAUUGUAAUGGCGAUUAAAAUCUGAUUAGGGAUUUCGUAGAAAAGUUUACGCUUACGUUUUUUUACUUGUAAUCGGUUUAAUAAUAGGUCUUAAAGGUAUUAGUGAAUGUAAUCCGUCCUACCGAUUUAUUUAUUGAGUGAUUAGUGAUAUUAUUUCUUAUUGUGUUUAGUUAGACAAAAUAAAUUGUGAUUUUAUCUAUCGUUUACAUUAUACUACCUUUUGUAUUAUAUCUCAGUAUUAUAGUAAAAUAAUAGAUUUGAAUAACAUCUUGCCAGUGAAAGUAUUAUAAUUUGUAAAUUUACAUUCCACGAGAAUUAUUAUUAUUAUUAGUGUAAUUAUUGUAAAUUUAAGCGAUUAUUAGAUAGUAGAUUGUUUAUAGUAUUAUGAUGUUUUGUAAAUAAAAUAGUCUGUUUUGGUAAAAGAA